GGUGUCUCUCUCUCAGCGGUUCACUCGAUUUCAAAGACACCGGUCCAUCGAUUACCCAAACGUCAAACUGGAAUUCCUCCACUAAAAUCAUCUCGGAUCUACAACCCCUCCUUUGUUUGUUCUUUGUUUGCGUCCACCCUCCCAAACAAUGACAUACACCACCCCCCGCCCAGCCCACUCAUUGUCUGGAUGUCGUCCCCAUCGUCUCCGUCGCCGACAACCCGCUCCAGGACCCUUCUGUUUAUCUCGUAUCGCGAUUCAAGAAUACGUUCGUCCAGCUCCUCAAAACACCGCCCAUCGUAUGACGAUCCGUAUCAAGCCGACGACGACGACGACGAGAACCAACACCUCAUAACCCAACAACACCUCGCCCUCGACCUUCAGUUGCCUCCGAAAUGGGUCGACAUCUCCGAUCAGGUGGAGGAUAUACUCGCUGCGGUCCAGUCGAAACUGAGUGCACUUGAAAAACUCCAUGCGAAGCGUGUUCUUCCCGGAUUUGCGGACCGGACAGCGGAGGAACGGGAAAUCGAGGCAGCGACCACUGACAUCACCAAGGACUUCAGGCGUUGUCAUGCCCUUAUACAACGAAUCGGGGUUGACCAAAGCCACUCCUUCCCCCCAUCAAGUGGGACCUACCACGAGUCGCUCACUGCCAGAAAUGUGCAAAGAGGACUCGCCGCCAAAGUGCAGGAACUCAGCUCCACAUUCCGAAAGAAGCAACGUGUCUUUAUGGAACGUCUCCAGGGUCACGUGAUAAAACACCAGGAUCUUCUCAUAGCUUCAGGUACCAUUUCUUCCCGGGGUUCAGAGGGCCUCUCCGCCCUUGACGAUGAUGUGCGGGCUGCUCAGGCACAGAUUAUGGAAGUAGAUCAGACGCAUGACCUUCGGCUUCGAGACCGCGAGUUGACACAAAUCGCCAACUCCAUAGCAUCAUUAGCAGACCUUUUCAAGGAUCUCUCCAAUCUGGUGAUAGAUCAGGGUACCCUGCUCGACAGCAUCGAAUACAACAUCGAACAGACUUCGGUGCAGGUCACCGAAGCCGUCAAGGAACUUAAUAUCGCAACAAGGUACCAGAAGAACACAGGGCGACGGAAAAUCAUCUUCCUCUUAUUGCUCAUCAUCUUUGGGUUGAUUAUCGUCUUGAUCUUUAAACCGCGUCGCCACCGUUCCGCCUUGGGCGAUACUUCACAAUCUGCCUCACUUCCAUCGAGUAGUUUCAUGCCAGUAUACGUGCGACCACGGACACGCUUCUGACCUACGCACUUUCAAGUCAACAUGGAUUCAGGGCCCACUAACAAUUCCCUUACCGAAGGGAAGAUCGAGUUAGUCGCCUAUUGCACUCUUGCGAUACAGUGUACAGCCAUGCCUGGAAUACUGGCAGGUUGCAUCGUGCUGAUAACUCCUUCCUUGACUAUACAUGCCAAGCCCCACAUGUCCAUCACAUUAUUCUUAUGACUUAUUGCACUCGUGUCGCGUGCAGUGUUGGAAUGCUUAGAUGUUAACUCGGUGCACACCUACUAUUUGAAGGGU